UGGCUGUAUAAACGGCCAAAAGCUACAACCCCUCCUCGUGGGAUUUCCAAACGAUACAAAGAAAGAAAUCGUUCAGUUCAACCUAUAUCAAUAUGGAGGAGCAAAACUUGAAGGCAAUGAAUCCAAGAAAACACUUCGAGGGAGUUGGAGGAUCAUAUAACAAAUGGUAUCCUUCUGACUAUCCGCUUCUAGCUCAAUCCAAAGUCGGUGCCGGUAUGCUCCUCCUCCACCCUCGAGGCUUCGCUAUUCCUCACUACUCCGACGCCUCAAAAGUCGGUUAUGUUCUUCGUGGUAACAAUGGAGUGACUGGAUUUAUCUUCCCAAACACCUCCAAUGAAGAAGUAAUCAAACUAAAAAAAGGAGACAUAAUUCCUGUCCCUACCGGAGUCACCUCGUGGUGGUACAACGACGGAGAUUCUGAUUUGGAAAUCGCCUUUUUGGGUGAAACCAAAUACGCCCAUGUCCCUGGAGACAUCUCUUACUACAUUCUAAGCGGCCCUCAGGGAAUCUUGCAAGGUUUCUCACAAGACUAUGUAGCCAAGACUUUUAACUUAAACGAAAUGGAUACCUCUACACUUCUAAAUAGCCAACAAAAUGGAAUGAUUUUUAAGCUUCAAGAAGGCCAAACUUUGCCGACUCCAACUAAGGACACCAAGUUUGUUUAUAACCUUGAUAAUUAUGACUUCUUUAUGAAGGUCUCUGAAUCUGAAUUUCCAUUUAUUGGAGAAACUGGCUUGGCUGUUGUUGUCGAAAGGCUUGGUCCUAAUGUGGUUCGGUCGCCGGUGCUUCUUGUCAGUCCGGCGGAUCAACUGAUCUAUGUUGCUCGAGGAUCAGGGACGGUUCAGAUCGUCGGAUUGUCGUCGUCGAGCAAAAUAGAACUUCAUGUGGAAAGUGGUCAGUUGAUUUUUGUUCCCAAGUAUUUUGCUGCUGGUAAGAUUGCUGCUGAACAAGGCAUGGAGUUCUUCUCCAUUCUCACUGCUAAACUGGGUUUGGUGGGAGAAUUGAAGGGGAAAACAUCAGUUAUGGAGGCUUUAUCUGCAGAGGUCAUUGAAGUUUCAUUCAAUAUCACAGCUGAGUUUGAGAAAGUUUUGAGGUCAAACAUAACAAAUUAAAAAGAAACAUUAAAGCUUCAUCUUUGGAUUAAAACUGGAUGUUCUUAUUCAUGCACGUUCUUCUUCGGUGUGUCAAUGUGAUAUGGAUAUGGUUAAUUACCUAUAAUCUAUCUAUCUGUUACUAUUGGGUUUGGUACUGUGCUUUUCAGCAAUUGUAACUUGCUUCUCCUAUUUUGAAUAAAUAAACGUGUGCAUGUGUGUGUGUGUGCCCUUUUUUAUUUAAUUAUAA